UAAAUCUGACAAACAAAGUGAUUCAUCGCGAUAAAACAACGUAAAAUAAAAUUCCCCAUUUCCAGUUGAUACCAACUGCCCUUUUUUUAUCUCAUUUGAAAUAGUAAAUUCAUCAAGCUGGGUAACGACAUGUCCACCUCAUCAAUGGAAAAACAUCUCUUUAAUCUAAAAUUUGCGGUAAAGGAGCUGGAGCGAAACUCCAAGAAAUGCGAGAAGGAGGAGAAGACGGAGAAGGCCAAAGCCAAGAAGGCCAUCCAAAAGGGCAACAUGGAUGUGGCCCGCAUUCACGCUGAGAACGCCAUUCGACAGAAGAACCAGGCCGUCAACUACUUGCGCAUGAGUGCUCGAGUGGAUGCAGUAGCCAGUCGUGUGCAGUCUGCGCUGACCACACGCAAAGUCACUGGCUCCAUGGCUGGCGUGGUCAAGGCCAUGGAUGCGGCCAUGAAGGGCAUGAAUUUGGAGAAAAUCUCAUCUCUAAUGGAAAAGUUCGAAUCCCAAUUCGAGGACUUGGACGUGCAGAGCUCUGUGAUGGAGGGCACCAUGUCUGAUACUGUCACCACCUCGGUGCCCCAGGGCGAUGUCGACAAUCUGUUGCAGCAAGUGGCCGACGAGGCUGGCCUCGAGCUGAACAUGGAGCUGCCCAGCGGUGUACAGAGCCAAACGAUUGGUGCCUCCACCACCCAGGUCUCGCAGGAGCAAGAUGAACUCACCCAGCGUCUGGCACGCUUAAGGCAGGCCGAAUAAAAGCAGGGAGACAUUCUAUAUAACGAAUUCCCUGCCAGCAUUCAAUGCCGUUGAAUUUCUCUGUUUUAGCUUUUAAGUACGGAAAAAUAUGAAUAAGAAUUAUGUAUUAGCUUUGACUCUUAAA